AUUUGGCGCCUUUAGAAAUUGACAAUGGAGACUAAAGAAAGCAAGAAUAACUGAGAUAAAAAGUUUGAAACCUCGCCUCGAUAUCAGGGAUUGCUUGAUGGCCGGAAAAUGAAAGGAAUAAAGAAGAACACUGAGAGGAGGAGUGAAUACAAUUAAGAACGAGUCUGUGAUAAAAAUGUUUAAUAUACCUCAAACCCAGGUGUAUAAAUAAGCUAUCAAAUUAUUGAUCAACUGCUAGGCAAAACUCUCUGUCCCAGUCCAGGAUAAAAUCUGUUUACAAAAUUGGCAGAGUCCGGAACCCUCAAACCAAGAGAGCUAAAGAGAGUGAUAAGAGAUCAAAGAUUAAGCUCUCUGGCAUCAGCAAGAAGACUGAAAGCAAGACUAAGAAGAGUAAGAUUCAUGUAAAGGCAUCAGAGCAUACUAGAAGCCAGUACAUUCACCAGAUUGAGUCAACUCAGCAUCAUACUGUUAAUAACCGCAGCAGGGAGGAGCAUCGGAAAAGGAGGAGUAUGAAGAAUACCCAUAGGAAUCAACUGUUUCGGAAUAUUCGGAAUGAAGUUGGUCAAAAACCUAACUUUCAGGUAAAAAUUAUUGAGAUGAACAAGUCUAAGAACCAUGCUUUAAAUCCAGUAAAAGUCACUCCUGGUGAAGUCAUGAUUGAAAUGGUAGAUGAGCAUAAGAACGAGUCUAAAAUUCCCAAAAUCAAAAAGGGCAUGAUCCAUAGAAUGAACGAAGACUCUCUUGACAAGAGUGAUAAUGGCAAAGGUAGUAUAGUCUCUUUAGACUCGAAACCUCGGAGAUCUGGGUCAGUUAGCAAGCUAAAACAGCCCACCGAAGUUCAUACCCAGUGAAAGAUGAACAGCUUCCUUACAAAGGACAAAAAUAAGGAGAAUAUAGAACUAAAGCUACGGUCUAUGUCCAAUAGCGACUUAUUUAGCCCUGUAAAUGCCAGAGAACAGUUAUAUGAUCAGCCAUAUAAUGAAACAGAUAGAGCUUCAAAGAAACAAGGAUUAUCCUCUCGAGAUUCUUCUAUGUCUAAAUCAGGAGUGCGAGCAAGAAAGCCUCCGACAGUACCCAGACCAUUUCGACUAAGUGCUUCAAAUUCAAGGAAGAAAGAAGAUACGACUCCUCAAGGUAGUGAGGAUAGAAAUCCUCAUUAUAAAUCUUUUAAGGCUAAGAAGGUUCCUCAUAGCCAUCGAGUACCUUUCAUGGUGCUUCAUUCUGCAAAGAAUUUAACCCAGCCAGAGAAGUUUACACUAAAGACUGACCAGAGAUCGGUGAGUAAGAACCGUAGCUCUUCAAACAAGAACAAUGACUCUGAGGAAGAAGGGUAUGAAUCGAAGUUUACUUCCAUGAAUCUGUCUAAAGUUGUAGCGACUACCUCUAAGAACAAAGAUUCUUCCAAUUUCGGGGAUUUGGACAUCGACGAGCUGAUCAAACUGGCUGAAUCUAGCGAAGAUCUAAAGAUGACUACCAGCCAGGGUAAAGAAGAUUAG